AUGACGUCAUACAAUUGUUUCCCAUCACUGAGCUCGGGGCUCAUCGUCGAAAAGCUCCAAGCCAAGGCAGGCAGCGGCACAUACGUCUUUCCUUCCCCUACAGUCAUGUUAUCCUCGACAUUCCUAGGCUCAGAACACAAGAGCGACACCCAACGCGCUCAACACGAGUCCGAGAACUAUGGGUCCGCACGACACUCUCAACGAGGCAAGGUCGACCCGACAGUACAGCAAUUGGAGUCGUUUGUUUCAAAAGAUCCAAAUUCACGGUAUACAUUCGACAGCGAAGCAGGUAGUAAUGUGUCUGAAUUAUGUCGGGGGAGCAGCUCCGGUGGAACCGAAGCAUUGAGGGAUUGUAUCACAUUACAGAUGAGCUCGAAGCAGAUGUUCGAAGCAAUGCAGAACCAGGGGUUCUUUUGUUCACUCCCUAGCGACCCCGCCCAGACGCACAUGGAGUGCAAACCCAUGCCCAAGUGAAGCAUGCAUGAGGAAUAGUGUUGAUAUGAAUAUUGUUGUGUCGGGGCUUGGUCCCUUUUGUGAUUUGGACAAUGAAAAGUAGGGAUGCUUGAAGAGUGGUCCGG